AUGUCUGCCCUACAAUUAAGCUUUUUCUCCGCCUUCACCCUAAGCAGCCUGGGUCUAGCCUUCCACCGCACACACCUAAUCUCUGCACUACUAUGUCUAGAAAGCAUAAUACUCUCCAUAUACAUCGCCCUAUCCAUAUGACCUAUUCAGACCCAAACAACAUCUGCCACCCUACUACCACUUCUAAUACUAGCAUUCUCCGCCUGCGAAGCAGCAACAGGCCUAGCCCUGCUAGUUGCCUCUACCCGAACCCAUGGCUCGGACCACCUACACAACUUUAACCUACUACAAUGCUAA